ACCCCUUAAACAAUUAACCCCGCAAUAACUUCCUGUAAACUGAACUCUUUGCUCAAAACGUAGAUGUACAGUGCCAGUGUAAUACGAUGCACUACAAGGACUGAAUUCGUAGAUGUCCAGCCAUGGCUUCAACCAGGACGUUCCUGCAGGUCUUUGUAACUUCGUGCUGCAUCGUGAUAUCGUACUCUUUCUUGUCCGCGUUGUACUCUUGCCCCAGUUUGCACCUCUGCAGCUGCUCGUCCAACACCAUAGAAUGCGUGUGCCCAAUGGGCAACGAGAGACUCGAAUUCUCCAUCGUCGUGGACCCAGACGUCCGAGUUAUCACGGUCCACAACUGCGGUAAUGUCACUCUGCCUUUCUACAUGCUUGCUAACCACGAACUUGAAGAACUCAGGUUCACUAACGUUGCGGAGCUCCACGUGAACACUUUGGCGUUCGCCGGUACGAUACGGCUGGACUUCCUCUACCUAAGGAAUGUCGCUAACUUGGUCUUGCACAAGCACUCCUUCUUCGGCCUCAGCAAUGUGACGUCGAUCGAAUUUCGCAACGUCAGCGUCCAGCACAUCGGAACCGCGACCUUCGCUGGAUACACCAACGUGAACGAAUUUGUGAUUCGUGAUUCGCGUAUUGGAUUAAUAGAAGGAUUCGGUUUCACGUUAGCGAAUAUCAGUAUUUUCCGCGUGAUCAACACCAGAGUGGAAAACCUUCAGAACGCGUCUAUCUGGGUGAGUGGAAUCGACAUCGUAGAGUUCGACAACGAUACAUUUCUGUACACAGACGAUAGCGCCUUCGCACUCACGGAUAUCGUGAGCUUCAACAUAACCAACUGUCACUUCGCUCACGUGCAUUCUGAGAUGAUCGUUGGAAAAGGCGUCGACCAGUUUGCCUUCGAGAUGAACAACGUCGAGAUGAUCGGCGAGAACGCCUUCUGGAAUCUCGUGGCGAGAUCGAGGGUCAGGAUCGCCGACAACAAGUUUUCCAGCACCGAGAAAGACUCGCUCAGCGUCUUCAGCAGUCCUGGAUUGCGGAUCGAGUUCUUCAACAACAGCUUUGCUUGUGAUUGCCAGAUAUUCUGGCUAUGGGAGAAGAUGGGAUACCAUAGGUACACGGAUCUCUUUAAAUCUGGAUACUGCUUCGUACCCGAAGAGUUGAAAGGUGUACCUCUCGCCAAUGUUACGCCCGUGUAUGUGGAAGAGACUGAAACCUGUACUGGCUUUGUUCGUGCUACAGAGAGCGUGCCGACGAAGAAACCGGCGAUACAGCGCGCAGUGAAACAGGAUGCUGUGAGAAUGUCUCGCGCGGUGACUCUUCAAAAUGAUCCAGGGUUAUCUUGGUACAUUGCAGUAUUGGUGUCCUUGUACUAUCGGCGGUAUCUCUGACGCAACUGUUGCUGCGUCGUUUGUCAAGAAUGACGCCACGCGACUGAAAGAGGCGGAUCCUGCGAAAAUGUGAGAACGGUCUGCUCAACGACAAACUCGGCUGGAAGUCCGUACGACAGGCAAUGGAUGUAGCUUUGGAUCUUGGCAGGUUUUGAUACGUAAACAUGUGAGGAACAAAAAGCGCAGGUGUAGGAUUGCUUUGUGCACGUCUCGUACGUGGCGCGAUAGGACGUGCCACAGACACUAGAUGGGUCCUCCUGUUACAAAAACGCGCAUGUCAUCUGAUGCCACUGAUAAAUGUGUGCCUACAACACUGAUUGCAACCAAAGGCACCAACAUGUUCCUUGUACUUGUCUCAAUGUUGGCAAAAAUGACCUUUGAUAUCAAGCAAUGCAAGUCUUUGUGUUUGAUUUUUCGUCCUUCUCAAACGGUGCUGCAAUGCCUUAGUGCAACUGUUGUGUUUGUUUCUUGCUGGAGUGUUGCCCAUUCAUGCAAUACUGUCUCUUUGUUAUUACGUUAUUAGCCGUAUCUAGAAUCUCCUUUGUUAAUGGAUAGAUGGAGGGAGGGAUUGUGGAUAGUUCCUGCCUAUUGCAAGGUUCCUAGACACUUCCGAUGUUGCUCCUGUCUCUUAACGUAAGACAGCUUAUGCCUAAGCAGGAGCUCCGCAAGCGUUGGAACGGGGAAAUCCACGCCUCACUUCAUCGGACAUCACAUUCACGACAGAACCGUGAUGUCAAAAAUGGCGUACCCAUCACGGAUGUUGAGCAGUGUACUUCGUCCAGCCUAAAACCUACACAUUAAUGUUGAUACCGCAUGCUCAACGCACGACCGCGAAAUGCGUUUAUUGUUAGUUCCUGUCUAGUUUUUACACGGCUGCGGGCUCUCAAAUGAAGAAAUAAAGUUUGUGGAUCUCA